GCCCGCCGUAACCUCACUUGUCACUUGCCCAAGCUCGCUCUCUCACCACAUCUACCGCCAGACCUGCCGUACCUCCCAUCGCUAGCAUAUAAGAAUUGAGGCCAGCUGAAUUACCACCCAACAUGGACUCCGAGUCCGACCACGACCACCGCGAUGACGAGAGCGUCUCCGAGCCCGAAGAGGCAGAAGAGGCAAAGCCCAAGUCCGUUCUGAAAAAGACGAGAGAAGUGCUCCCGCCUGUUGAGCGGCCGGUGCUUCCCGAACAACCAGAUCCAUCGACAGUAGACUUCUCGACGUUGAACCCACUGUCCCCCGAGAUCAUCUCCCGCCAGGCCACGAUCAACAUCGGGACCAUCGGCCAUGUCGCCCACGGCAAGAGUACGGUGGUGAAGGCUAUUUCAGGAGUGCAGACGGUGCGCUUCAAAAACGAACUCGAGAGGAAUAUUACCAUCAAGCUUGGUUAUGCCAACGCAAAGAUCUACCAGUGCGAUAACCCGGAGUGCCCGCGGCCGACAUGCUACAGGUCGUUCAAGAGCGAGAAGGAGGUGAAUCCGCCCUGUGAGCGAGAGGGAUGCCGAGGCACAUACCGGCUGAAGCGCCACGUCUCCUUCGUAGACUGCCCGGGCCAUGAUAUUCUCAUGAGCACGAUGCUGUCAGGAGCAGCCGUCAUGGAUGCCGCACUACUUUUGAUCGCCGGAAACGAAACUUGUCCGCAGCCGCAGACGAGCGAGCAUCUUGCAGCUAUCGAGAUCAUGAAGCUCAACCACAUCAUCAUCCUCCAGAACAAGGUCGACUUGAUGCGGGAAGACGGCGCCGCAGCGCACUACGAGUCUAUCCUGAAGUUCAUCCGAGGCACGGUCGCCGACGGCUCACCAAUCAUUCCUAUAUCGGCGCAGCUCAAAUUCAAUAUCGACGCCAUCAACGAGCACCUCAUCACCAAGAUCCCCGUUCCAGUGCGAGACUUUUCCGCAAAGCCGCACAUGAUUGUGAUUCGAUCCUUCGAUGUCAACAAGCCCGGUGCCGAGAUCGAUGAGCUCAAGGGUGGUGUCGCCGGUGGCAGUAUCUUGACCGGUGUCCUGAAGCUGGGUGAUGAGAUCGAGAUUCGGCCCGGUAUCGUGUCGAAAGACAGCUCCGGAAAGAUCCAGUGCAAGCCUAUCUACUCACGAGUGGUUUCCCUGUUCGCGGAACACAACGACCUCAAGUUCGCCGUCCCUGGUGGUCUCAUCGGUGUCGGUACUAGGGUAGAUCCUACCCUUUGUCGUGCUGACCGUCUUGUCGGCUUCGUCUUGGGUUUGCGUGGCCAUCUCCCCAACAUAUAUACAGAGUUGGAAGUGAACUACUUCCUGCUGCGGAGAUUGCUCGGUGUCAAGACCGCCGAUGGCAAGCAAGCCAAGGUUGCAAAGCUUGCUAAGAACGAAGUUUUGAUGGUCAACAUCGGCUCAACAGCAACUGGCGCGAAGGUCAUCGCCGUAAAGGCUGACGCUGCACGUCUCUCUCUCACCUCCCCCGCCUGCACAGAGAUCGGCGAGAAGGUUGCGCUAUCGAGACGUAUUGAGAAGCACUGGCGCCUGAUCGGAUGGGCAAACAUCGUAGCUGGCAACAUUCUAGAACCGCUCCAGGAUUAGGAGGUGCCUUGGGCGUCUCGCGCCAACUCUGGGUAUGUUGGAGACGAGAAUCAUGACGAUAUGCGCACGAAAAAGCCCGCAUGCAUUCCCGCGAAGGAUUGUGCAUAGCAGCCUUGACUAUCAGCAUUUCUUGCGAGUAUGGGCCUCUGCAUUAAAGGAUAGGGGGGUUGGAAUCCACGAGGUGGUACGGAGUAUAUCUGGCCGCGUCUUGGAAAGCCACAGAUGCGACAGAGCUAGUCGUUGUUGAGAAUUGCUAGCGCUGCCAUACAACGAGAUGAUAGCCGUAAAUGAUGCAUUCAGAGAACACUG